UGUAUUUUUCGUCACUUGGUAAGGUUUCCUUGAAAUUUUCUCUUUGAUGUAUAAUAGUUCUCCCAGUCCUAGUCAGAGUAUUGUUUGCUUAAUUAUAGAGUCAUUUAGGAGCUUGUAUAAAAUUUAUAGGAUGCAUUCAGUUAGCCCAUAUCUUGGUUUGACUGAAUCUUACAUAGUUUACUUCUUAAUUUUGCAUGGUGUUUCUUCUAGGGAAAACUGAUACUAGCUUGCAUGAAAAAGAUGAGCAUCCUGUGCCUUCUACACCUCAAGAAAAUUUUCAGCAGCUCCCAGUGAAAGAAAUAGGUCAUUCAAAAGCAAGUGAUAAUAUGACUACAGUUCAGAUUGAGCUUGGACAAAUGCUUCAACCUUCUAGAAAGAUGAAGCUACAGCUUUUUCCCAUAGAUGAAGGUACUCGCAUUGGAUUGGAGAAGGAUGGUCAUAAUCCAUACUUGGAGCUCACUCUAAGCUCUAGAAAGAAGGUAGGUUCAGUAUUGAAGCAUCUCCAUAACAAGUGGGACACUUCAACUGUUGCGAUGGGUGAGCUUGUGCUUUUUCCCUAUAAUGUUCGGUUGGAAAAUCUUGCUGGUUAUAGAAGAUGGACAGUGAAAGAUGGUGAUACAAGUUCAGCAGAUGUAUAUGAAGCCAUUGGAAGACCUGCUAUUUUCCGUUUAAGAUAUGGAUGGUUCUCUGAUCUAGAAUCUAAAACUCUUCAGACACCUUUUACAUCAAGUGAUGUUUUGCAAUCUGAAGAUGUACAAAAACAUUGCAGUGGAAUAAUUGGUACUAUGAAUAGACAUAAGCAACCAUCUGAGGUAAGUGGCUUAGACCAAAAACCAUGUCCUGUCCGUAAUCCACUGAAAUCCACUAAAUAG